AUGACGGUCGCCGUGGUGUUAAUAUUUUCGCCUAGAUGGAACCGAAUCGUCGCCGUGAUUCUCCGCAAUUGCGUAUGGCUGUGGAGGCAUAUCGACCAGGAGUGCUUCAUCAUCAAUUCCUGGGGCCAACGUGGCUUUUUGUAUUUCUGGUCAUUUUUGGCUGGGAUGAGCUUCGAGUUCUUCUGGUGGCUUGUCGAUUUCAGGGCCCCGUUCUUCAAGGCGAACUCUAUCGGCUUCUCAGUUCACGUCGUCCUGGCGGCCAUACUCUUCGCGUGCGCCUGGCAGACGUUUUACGCCUCCGCCGUUCACGGGGAGCCGCUUACGACCCAGCAGUGCACGGCAGAGGACUACCAGGACUGGAAGAAUUUCACCAGCGGCGUCCGCACACAGGGCUUGCACUCGAUAACUCGUCGUUGA